CCACCUGCAACGACACCAACGGCGGAUACGGCACGCUGGCAUCCGCGCCGCCACCUCCCCCUCCCCCUCCCUGUCCGCCUGUCCGGUCCCGGCAGCUAGCAUGUCCUUCUCCGUCCCGUGCUACUUAAACCAGCUCGCCGCCUGCUCUAAACCUUCGUCGUGCCGGGCGUGCCCCACCUUUAAUUAACCAGCAGCAAGCAAGCUAAUAGUCAACUAAGAAUCCAAGGCUACUGCUACUGCUGCUGCUAGUCAUCUACAUCAUCGGUUGUAGUCUGAUCGUGGGUGCUGUUUGUUUGGGACGGAGGGGAGCGGAUGGUAAUGGAGGCGGCGGCGUCAUUGUCGUCGGCGUCGUUGAGCGUGCUGCGGCACAGUCUACGCGCCACCGUGUGCUGCUUCGUCAGCGGCGGCAGCAGCAGCGGGGGCCUGGGCGAGCGGAUGCGGUGGCGCCGCCGCGCGGGCGCCGGGGACUUCCGGUACGACCCGCUCAGCUACGCGCUCAACUUCGACGAAGGCGACCACGGAGGAGUCGACGGCGAGGAGGAGGACCGCGCCGGUGGCCGCCUCGUCGACGCCUUCCUGUUGUCCUCGCAGCUGGUCACGCGGAGGCCGGGGGCCGCCGCCGUCGUCGAGGCCGCCUAGCCGCAGGGUAGGUAGAGCACCUGUGUGCAGACUCCAGAGUGUGUGUAAACUGGUGAUGAUGUGUUCCCCCGGUUUGAUUCUACUGCUUUUGGACAAGCCAGCGGAAAAUCAUGUUUUUUUUUAAGAAUCCGGCGGCUCAAGAGUUCAUCUGAUUCUACUGCUUUUGUAAGUAUAUUUUUUUUAUUCUCUUAAACUUAUCAGCUGAAAUUAUUU